AUGGGUAUCACCAAAUACUUCAAUCUUCAGAUGAUUCCAUGGUGUUUACACUUAAUGGGAAGGCAUGCCUCCUGCGUGCACUUCCGCACGGAUCACGAUCUAGAACCUGCGGUCCGGAACAUAAAGCUGAUCAAAUCUGACGGCCUCGUCAAGAUCUAUCACCGUCCUAUCCACGUCUCAGAGCUCAUGGUGGAGUUCCCAAAGCAUCUGGUUUGCCGCGCCGAUUCGUUUUACAUUGGCCAGAAGAUUCCAGCUCUUUCCGAGGACGACCAGCUUCAGCUUGGACACAAGUAUUUUCUACUUCCCAAGCAUUUCUUUCAGUCUGUCCUGUCAUUCGUGACCAUAGCCUCAUUUGCCUCCUCUCUUCCCGAAUCAUCAUCCCCGCUUUCGUCUUCGUCGUCGUCUUCGCCGGUCGCGAAAGACACGAGAAAUGCGUUUGUUAAGAAAGCAGCCACUUGCCAACCUUUUGAUUUGCAGAAAACCCCAUCUGGGUGUCUAAGGAUACGCGUCUCGGACGAGUUCAUAUCGCAGUUGUUGGAAGAAGGGAAUAACGGAGAGGAUGAAAAGAAUCAUGAGAGCUCAAGCAAAUCUAAGAGUAUAGUAUGCACUACGCCUCAGUUGCAGAAGGAGUACGCACAGCUUGUUGGGUCACGUCGAUGGGAGCCGAAGCUUGAACCGAUAAGGGAGAAAGAGAAGAGAAAACUCUCUUCAUUUGGGAUGAAGAGAAGGAAGAAAUCUCAAUCGAAAGGACCUCAAAAGACUGUCAGAUCAGAACACCACCUUCAUGUAACUUGUAGUACCAAGCCUCCUUCAAAAGCCAAGAUGAAGAUUAAAUCGAGAAAAUAA